CUGUCAUAAAAUGGUGACUUUGUGGUGUGUUAUAUACAUCAUGACAAUGUUCAAUCUGUCAUAAAAAAAGUAACACUUGCGAAAUUUUGGUGCGUUAUACGUUCUACAGAGUCCCAAGUAAUGCUUUGCAAGUACAAAGCAUAAAGAAGAAUGGAAUGCCCUGAUAUGCUACCACCCAGCUCGGUACGAGGGAUGACCUUGUUAGAUCGAGAAAGAUUUAAGAAAAUCGUUCAAAUACCGAAACUUGAUGUGACAGAAGUGAGUUUGAAAAGCAUAAUUCCGCACAUCAAACGAAUGUUAUUGAAAAUCCAGCGUCACAAGUCAAUUGAAUUGGGAAGCGAUGGAACGAAGAAAUUACUACUACACCCAACGUCAAUUACAUGCUUUGGUGACCUUCCUGAAGAAGUUCGAAAUUUAGGCUUGAAUGGAUCUCAUUUGAAAUGGGAAGAGUUUGAAUUGAAAUAUGAAAAUUGGAGCACAGAAGAUAUUUUAAAAGCCGUAUUACCAGCUGAUCAAGAGUCAUGCACGUCAUAUUCACGUAUUGGGCACAUAAUACAUGUGAAUUUGAAAACACAUUUGUUGCCAUACAAACAACUUAUAGGAGAAGUUUUUCGUGACAAAAUCUCUGGGAUUCGCUGUGUUAUCAACAAAAUACAGACAAUAGACAACACAUUUCGGAAUUUCAGCCUAGAACUGUUGUCCGGUGAAGAAGACUAUCAAGUUGAAGUCAAAGAAAACGGCACCAACUUUAAAUUCGAUUUUUCGCAAGUCUACUGGAAUCCAAGAUUAGCAACGGAACAUGAACGAAUUAUUAAAAUGCACGACAAGGGCGACGUUUUAUAUGAUGUAUUUGCUGGUGUUGGGCCAUUUUCGAUACCUGUUGCCAAAAGAAAAGCAUUUGUAAUGGCGAACGAUUUGAAUCCAUCGUCAUUUAAAUGGCUUCAAUAUAAUAUGAAGAAAAACAAAGUCACGAAUUUCAUGCAAACAAUAAACAAAGACGGUCGAGAUUUUAUUCUGGAAGAUGUAAAAUGUGAUUUAAUAAAACGUUGGAACAGUUGUGGUAGCAAACUGUACAAAAUCCAUUUGACUAUGAAUCUUCCAGCGAUGGCUGUCGAAUUUUUGGAUACAUUUUGUGGAUUGAUGUUGGGUUAUGCAGGACCAAUUGAUCCAUUACCAUUAGUGCAUGUAUAUUGUUUUGCAAAAGGUGAUGAACCUGCUAUCAUUGCAAAGGGAUUAGUCGAAGAAAACUUGGGUUAUAAAUUAGGUACAAAUCUCCAAGGUGUCAACUUUGUACGAAAUGUCGCUCCUAAUAAGGACAUGUUUCGCGUAAGUUUUUUUCUUACGCGAGAUAUCCUCUGCAUGAAAAAAAAUGGCAGCAAACGAGGAAUCACUCCUGAAUUUGGCGCAGAAUUCAGCUGCAAAAAGUCAUGUAACACGAUGAAAUGAGAAAAAAAAUGUUCGAAUUCACUUAUUCAAUCUCUCUCCUCAAAUCUUUUCGAUUUGCACAUUUAUUGCAUUCAUUAUUAAAUAAUAAACGAACUAUAUAUUACGGAAAUUGGUUCCAACGAAGAGUAAUAAGAAAAUGUUAUUUCGAAAAGUUUAAAUAAAGAAAUCUUUAAUGAAAUUUUUAAUAAACAUAAA